CAUAUCCACAACCAAGAAGAAUAGAGAUCGAUGAGCAUGUUUUCUAUAUACCGUUUUCUGAUGGCUCUUCUAGUUAUUGUUUUCACUCUUUUCAUGCAGUGCCCCGAUGCUAAUGCAGGUAGGACAAUGAGAAAACUGGCAGGAUCUUUGCCAAGGAAACCACCCCCACCGGACGGGUCUGUUCAUAGAGUUCCAGCUUUCAAAUCUCCUCCACCACGACCACCUCUGGCCCAGUUUCCUCCUCCUCCACCUCCACCGCAAUAUAUCUAGAGAUUUCUGGAAUGAUCGAUCAACAGAAAUAAUAAAGGAUCUACGUAUUCGCAUUUCUGUUUCUUUUCUUCGUGCAGCGAGUCAU